UUAUUUUCUUUUAUUAAGAGAGAUCUGAAUAUAAAUGCAAAACGGACCCUCAACAUUAAUCUCGCUAAUACAGUUUCUUAUCUCAAUUAAUUAAUAGUAGUUUUUUUCUCUCAAAAUUUCCCAAUGACAGUACCGGAGGUUCGGUUUCCGAUAUUGGCGGUGGUGAGGAUAAUAGGAAUCGCAGUAAUGGCGUUGGUUCUAACAUGGACUGUGCAUUAUAGGGGAGGCUUAGCUCUGAUUUCCGACAACAAAGCUCUUAUUUUCAAUGUCCAUCCUGUAUUAAUGGUGAUUGGUCUUGUACUUCUGAAUGGUGAAGCCAUGCUGGCCUACAAGUCUGUCUCAGGAACAAAAAACUUCAAAAAAUCAAUUCAUCUGUGUUUGCAAUUCUUGGCAUUCUGUUUGAGCGUAAUUGGAGUAUGGGCUGCUUUGAAGUUUCACAAUGACAAAGGCGUCGACAAUUUCUAUAGCCUCCACUCAUGGCUUGGACUAGCCUGCCUUUUUUUGUUCGGAAUUCAGUGGGCUGCUGGAUUUGUAACCUUUUGGUAUCCCGGUGGUUCAAGGAACAGUAGAGCUAGUCUGCUGCCUUGGCAUGUAUUUUUUGGUGCGUAUAUUUAUGCUCUAGCUGUCGCUACUUGCACCACUGGUUUCUUAGAGAAAGCAACGUUUCUUCAAACACACAACAUAAUAGCACGAUAUUCAUCUGAGGCAUUGUUGGUGAACUCUCUUGGUAUGUUGAUAGUUGUUUUGGGUGGUUUUGCAAUUCUUGCUGUCAUAUCUCCUGUGUCUGACAAAGGUGACAUUCUCAGAGAAUCCAUAGAAUAGUUUCACUUUUGUAGACAGAGAUGUGAAGAGAUUGUA